UUGAAAUCCAAAGGGACAAGUCACGACACGACAUCCACACGACAUCAGCAGACGUCGAAGAACUUGCGCCAUGGAGGCGCGCCGCAGCGCGCUGCUGCGCGCGCUGCGCCGCGAGGAGGCUGUUGACGCGCCACCCCAAGCGCGGAUUCUCGAGGCGAGAGUGGCCGCUCCGUUUGGAGGAGGCGAGCCGGUGAUGUGGGAACGUUUGCGGCUGCUGCCGUCCUUUACCUCACAAGACGGCUUCAACUUGCUGGUGGCACGGCCCACUCAGGCCCUAGGAAGCCCAGCGGUGCUGCUGCUGCAUGCCACCGGCAAGUGCAAGGAGUUGGUGGCUGAGCAUUUGGAACGCUGGGCCCAGCGGGGCUUCCUGGCAGUUGCCUUCGAUGCGCCCUUCCAUGGGGAGCGCGCCGAGGCGGAUGUCUCGCUGGAGCGGCUGGGCCCAGACCUCAGCGCGGAGCUGCUCAAGAGCGAGCCGGCCAGGCUGCAGAUCUACUACGACAACCUCACCCGGGGUUGGCGGGAUGGCAGCGAGCGCUAUGUGAUGGACAUCGCUCGGGAUGCGCUGCUGGUCGUGGACUAUCUGUCGGUGCGCCCCGACGUGCUGUCAGAGCGCCUGGGUGUGGCGGGCGUGUCCUUGGGCGGCAUGGCAGUGGCGCUUUUGGCGGCCGCGGACGUGCGAAUCCGCUCGGCCAUGCCGGCCAUCGGCGUGCAGAGCUUUCACCACUCGCUGGUCAAUGACCUUUGGCAGGCGCGGGUAGACUCCGUGCGCCCGGUGUUUGAGGCGGCGGCCAAGGAUCUGGGGAAGGCAGAGAUCGACCAGGAGGUGGUCCGUGCGGUUUGGGCGCAGAUCGCGCCGGGCCUCGCCGAGGCAGACGAGUCCAAAGAGGCGGCGUUUGACAUGCCUCUCACCUUGCCCCUCAUCGCGCCUCGACAUUUGCUGGUGCUCAGUGGCGAGAAGGACCCGCGUUGCCCGCUGCCCGGGCUCCGACAAUGCAUCGCGAAGGCCCAAGAGGCAUAUGACAGACACGAGGCGAAGAACCACAUGGAUGUCUUCAUUGAAGAGGGAGUGCCUCACCGGAUGACAGAGAACAUGUGGCGUCGCAUCGACGCGUUCUUAGAGGCCACCCUCUCGGCUGAGCCCGCGAAGAAGCUGGCAAAGCGCAAGCUGUCAUCCUUGUGACCGCGAUUUAGCGCGCCGCGCGGG